UUGCGUUGCAUCAGUCCAGAAUAGGGGGGGGGGAGAGGAAGAGGACUCCCCCAACUCUGAAAGCGCACCUCCUCCUGUGCAAAUGUCGGGGAGCGAAAUAUAAGCCCCCAAAACUGCAUUUCGAAUGCUUUUCUUGCUUUUUUCUUUGGAUUGCUGCGAAGGACUAAAUAAUGUGGAUUACAGCAAGGUGGCACGAUGGGAGCACAAGACCCGGUCGCUCACACGCAUGUUCCGUUCUCCCUACGUGGCCUGUUACUGCUUGGGAGCUGUCAUCAUGUUACUUAACUUCCUACGAACUAACUGUUUCACCGAAGCGAUGAGGAGUCAACCCAGACUAAAUGUCCUGGAUUGCCUGGUGGGCUACUACAUCGGCGUAGCCUUCGUGGUUGUAGGCACCGUGUUCGUGGUCUCCAGCUUCCUGGUGCUGGGCUUCGUUGGAACAUUCUUGGGUGACUACUUUGGCAUCCUCAUGGAGGCAAAGGUGACUUGUUUCCCAUUCAACGUGCUGGACAAUCCUAUGUACUGGGGCAGUACCAUCAUCUACCUUGGAUGGUCCAUCAUGCAUGCGAGCCCUGCUGGUUUCCUCCUGACGGCCGUUGUAGCGCUAUGCUACACCAUUGCACUGCUAUAUGAAGGGCCUUUUACAGAAGAAAUCUACCGCCAGAAGGCAAACAGGCGCCUGUAGCUCCCGCCUUGUUACCCGAGAGGACCCAAGAAGCGCUGUUGCGGUUUGGAUGACGGAAGCCAUUUUGCCUCUGCAAUUAGACCACUGGCGACGCGAGAUAAUGGGAUCGGAAAUGACCGAUUCCAGCCUGACUUUUAAAUUUCUUCUAGCUCUACAGCAUCCUUUCUUUUAAAGCUGGAAAACUGGGGUGUGCGUAGGGGGCAAGCGUGGUUGGGAAGGAGGGUGUCCGACAUUCACAAAGCCUUGACACCAGAAGCGCACAAAAGGGGGGGGUGUUUCUUUCGAUAAGGACUCCUCGGCUCCGCCCCUCUCUUUCAUCGGCGUCCAUUAGCCCUGGAAGUCUGGAUGUGUUGAUUAUAUACGUGGGGGUGUCAGAAAAACAGAAAACAGGCAGGAGGCCUGGGCAUCUUAUGUAACUGUUCUCUGAACACACACACGUCUGCGCAUUGAAACAUGACAGAUCAUGUACAGGUGCGCCGAGCAUGCGCCAAAGCUGUGCCACUGCCGGCGCAUGGGAGACAGAGGUAAAAGAGCGUGGAGAAAGAGGGCUCCAGAGUUGCCGUUUACAGGAUGCGCAGGUGGGGUUGGUAAAACUCAAAGCAAAUCCUGUUCUUCCCGGGUUGGCUUGACCGGUUCGCGAUGAGCCUCCUUCUCCUGGAAAUGGGGCAGAUGAAGGAUCUUGAAGCCAGGUCCCCUGCACCAGCUCAACCUCCCACUGGGGAUCCCGCAGGCUUGUUUUGCAGAUCAGAACGGGGGAGAAAUGCUGUGGGGGACGGGUCAGGCGCUGUGGCUUUGGCUGGGGGACCAGCGUCGACCGUGAUGCUCAGCAACCGCCAUGUUCUGAACAAAGGGCCUGGCGUCAGAGGAAGACGACACACAACACCUCUGUGAAGUAGCAUUGGGGGACACGUUGGAUGACGGUGGAUUCUAACUCCCCAUCAGCCUUUAACCAGCACAGAAAAUAAUGGGGAUGAUGGGGGGGUUUGUACUUCAAUCCCAUCCGGAGAGCCCUACAUAGGAUGUACUCGAAACAUGGAGCACCCCAGCUCUUCAGAAACAUGUCAAGGAGAGGGCACGGUCUCUUAAUAGUUUAGGGGGAAUUAUUUUGCAUACAGAGCGAGGGGUUUGUUUUUAAAUCUAGCACCGCCUUUAAAAUAGGUGCUUCCGCGUCCCAUGUAAUCUGGAACGCCGUGGCUUGCUGAAUCUUUGCCAGUCAUGGUGUCUUUUGUUAAGAGGAUGGAAACGUUGCUCCCCCCUCCAAAAAAUGUAACUUUUUCAAGCUCCCCUUCUACUGUUGGAAGCCGUUCCUUGCCCUCUAGCUUGCCAGCCUAUCUGGGUUCCCUCUUCUGUGCGGGCUGACCUGUUCUGAAUGCACACAAGGAAAAUUUGUAGGUGGAGGUGGCAGGCGUGCUCUUUCUCUCUCUCUCUCUCUCUGUGGCUGCCACCUUCUGUGACAUCACAGCAGCUGUGAUGUCACAGAAGGCCUGGGGCUGUUUGGCAGAGUGGCAAGCUUAAGGGGGGGGGGAGAGAUGAUCUGGCUUCUAAGCCAGAGAGUGUUUCAGAAACUAAACUACGGGAGUGUUAUCUUCACUUUGGGAUCUGGCUGUCCUUACCUGAUGACAAUCUGGAUCUUAGGAGAAGCCGAUGUAUUUCUGCACAGCGCAGUGUGGACACCAUUUUUUUUUCUCCUUCCACCUACCCCAUCUUGGCCCCCACAAAAAAAAAAUCUUCAAGCCACAAAAGCAGUGGGAUUAGGAGACUGGAGAUGGGCCGUGAUGUUUUUCCUCCUAGCAAAGUCCACAUUUAUGACGCCAUCCUUACACGGCUUUGGAUGGUGUGACUCUGCUCUAUAAAGUUCGUAUGCUUGGCAUCUCACUGCCUGUAUUCUUCACACCAGGCUGAAACAAGUCCAGCCGUAAAGUGCUUUGAAGAUCAGGUGGUGGAAAAGACAUAAAAAGUAUUGAUCGGCCCCAGGAAUCUGCCUGUAUUCCUCCUCCUCCUCCUGUGUAUUACAAUGUUAUACAUUAUUUUCUCUGUUUUCUCUUCCCAUCGGCUGGUUCUUAUAGUUCUUUUAUGUCCUCCUAUCCUGCCA